AAAACCAGCACUCUUCAAAAAUACUAAGGUCAUAAAUGAUUAGGAAAGACUGAGGAACUGUCCCAGAGUGGAGACUAAGGAGAUACACUUAAACAUAAUGCGGGAUCCUGGACCAGAAAAAGGUCACCAAAAGCAGAGCAGGGAUUUUUGAACUGGAUGAAUCUGAUUUCCCACCUAGGAAGCAGGAUGCCUGGGUCUGGGUCAACUACAGGCCACUUGAGCAUCGCAUGACUUUGAGGGAGUCCCUGCCGCUCAACUUCAGUCUCAACAUCUACAAAGCAGCGGAGGAGGAGGAAGAGAUGGACCCCCCGGACUCGGCCUCGAGGGUCUUCUGCAGCCGCAUCCUAAGCAUGGUGAAUACAGACGACGUCAAUGCUAUCAUCCUGGCUCAGAAGAACAUGCUGGACCGCUUUGAGAAGACCAAUGAGAUGCUGUUGAAUUUCAACAACCUGUCAAGCGCCCGCCUGCAGCAAAUGAGCGAGCGCUUCCUGCACCACACAAGGACCCUGGUGGAGAUGAAGCGGGACCUGGACAGCAUCUUCCGCAGGAUCAGGACGCUGAAAGGGAAGCUGGCCAGGCAGCACCCGGAGGCCUUCAGCCACAUCCCAGAAGCAUCCCUCCUGGAGGACGAGGAUGAAGAUCCCAUACCACCCAGCACCACGACCACCAUUGCCACCUCAGAACAGAGCACGGGCUCAUGUGACACCAGCCCUGACAUUGUCUCACCCUCCCUCAGUCCUGGCUUCGAGGACCUUUCCCAUGUCCGGUCCAGCUCUCCUGCCAUCAAUGGCCGCAGCCAGACGGACGAUGAGGAGACACCGGGGGAGUAA